AUGGAAGCCAUUCAAGAUCAAGAAGACUCAAUGAAUUCAUCAAACAGUUGUGAAGAAGUUGAUCAGCCAGAGCAAGACAAUAUUAACAACGAUGUGGGCAUUCGCCGGUCCUAUGAGUGCGUGUUUUGCAAGCGAGGCUUCACCACCGCGCAAGCCUUAGGCGGUCACAUGAACAUCCAUAGGAAAGAUAGAGCUGCCAAAACUAGGCCACCUGCUUUGAUUUCACAUAAGCAUCAUCAUCAAGAGAUUUAUGGAAAUCCCAUGAUCUACCAGCAAAUUUCAAGCUACCAACCGCGCUACUCUUAUGUGCCUCGUGAGGAAGCACAGGUUGAUUAUCGAACAUAUAUUCCAGCUUCAACAUCGGCUGCAAGACCCUCAUAUGACUUCUAUGAUCAAAACCCACAUCGCUUCAAUCCAUUUGGAGAUGAUUGGAGGAUGAGUUUGAGCUUGCAAUUUGGUCCAGUGCCAGAGGAAGAGAGGAAUAGAGUUGUUGGAAGUGAUGAUCAAGAAGAUGAUGAAUUAGAUUUGGAGCUUAGGCUUGGAGGGCCACAAUAA